AUGAACACAGCAACACCCUCUACGACAACCAAACCCCAUGGCAAAGAGGUGAUUCCCUCCCUACCAGUCAUCCGUGACAUUCCUCCAGAAGGUUUCAACCCCGAUGACUCUGAUGACGCAACAAAUCAUGGACGUCCUGCAUCCAAUCCUCGACCGGCCUCACCACCGCCAGGGAGCCCAAGUGCGCCGGUGAAUGACACAUCACGACCUCCAACUGCAGAUGCUGCUCUGAUCCCAGCAACCGCGAAGUCAAGCACAGUGGCACCACCAGCCACUCCGGCAACCAUUGCCCCGUUGGACCGUCGUUCCACUCACUCUAGCAUUUGCCCUUGGUACGACUUCCAGGAUCAGCUUAUGGAUCUCAUCCUGACCUAUGGAUAUGCAGCCUCAGACCUCGCGGAUGACACCUGGGUGACAGUCCAUACGGGAGAUGCGCCGGUUCCAAGUCAGGUACACCAACUGGCCACCAUUCUUUACAAUGUGUUGAUCGCGGAUCCUGAAUACAACGCACCGAUCCUUGAGAAGCUUCAGAUCCCUCCGGAAGACCUAUCGGGUACCCAGGUAAAACUGUUCACCGCAGUGGAACUUUCGCAUAUGGCCAGCCACCUUGCUAUCACAGCAAUUGAAUUGGCUCGAAGCGCUCGACCUGAUGACUAUGAGGACAUCUCGGACAUCUCUGACUAA